ACCAUUCCCGUUUCUUUCUCAAACAGCCUAGAAUCAUUGCCAGUGUUUCUUCCCCAUCUUCUUGCCCAUAUUCUUCCUUAUCCAACCAGAGAAGUAAACCAAAAAUCCCUCAUCCUUCUGUUUCCUGUCUUCUUUCUUCCUAAAAAACAAGAAAAAAAAAAAAAUCCCUAAUUCUCAUUCCCCAUCUUGUUCGGCUCUUCCUCAUCUUCUUCAAUUCCUCGUCUUUCAUCGAUUCUUCCCCGUCUUCUUCGGUUCUUCCCCUUCUUCUUUCUCAACCUAUCUACAACCCAAAAUCCCUAAUUUCCCCCUAAUUUUCCCAAUCAACUACUAUGAAGAAGAGUCAAGAUCUACAAAGCCAAACCAUCAAGUAAGCUGCCCUUGCUCCCCUUUAUUUCUUUGGUUCUUCCCACACAAAAUCCCUAAUUUCCCCCCCAAUUUUCCCAAUCUUGAUUGAUUCUGUAGCAGAGUGUUCAUCCAUUACCACUGGAGAUGAGCGCAAGGAGCUUGAGGAUUUGGAUCUUGCGCAAUUCAACUUACUUUUCUAUUUACAGAAUAAACGAUGAAAUAGAAACCCCACCUCUUCAUUUUUUUUCCAUUUUAUUUAUUUUGGUAAAGAACUUGGAAUUAUGUACCACUGAAAAUUUUCUGAAUGCAUUUUCUUGUUGCUUUGAUUAUUACACCUCUUUGCUUUUUUCCCAAAUAAGGAUGGAAAUCAUUGAUCUUUUCAAUCCUCAUCUAAGUGUGGGUCGUGAUAUUUCCAUGAUGUGAAGUGAUGUUUGGAAUUUUAUUAGCGUAGAUUCUAUUAAUGUUGCUUGCUAUAAUUUGGAUUGCGAACUGGUCAAUUCUAUGCUAUUUUGACCCUUGAUUUAUCGACUUAGGGUGUGGAGCAUGCAUGUUUAUUUACAUUAUGUGUUACUUCUUCAAUAAGAAAACCAUUCCUCUGUAUGCUUAUGUUUGUGAUGGUUACAUGUUUAGUCUCAAUACAAGUUUCUUCUUAGACACAUGCAUUUAGGGUGUGGCAUUUGGUGGUGGUGGGAAGGGUGUUGAGAAAUUACAAUGAGAGAUAAUUGUUAAAUCCACAAAUGUUGGGUAUUUGAUUUUCCUCCACUAGUGAUAGUGGUACAACAAAAUGUCCAGCUUAACCCAUACAACUGUCUAGAAUGUAAAACCAUUUUUUUUCAAUGCCACAUAGAUUUCUAUAAUGAUCUAAAUUAUACUCUCUUUUUUCUCGAUUAAGGUUACCUUAUUGCUUGAUUGGUUGUAGUAUUUAACUUUUAUGCUGCUAGGUUUCAAAAUCAAGGUCCUUACUCCUCUUUAGUCAUCUUAACUUUCUUUUUAGCCAUUAGUGUGUUUCAUGCAUAUAGGAGUUUUAGGUUGAAGAUGUCCAAGUUUAAUUCCAUGGUCAGCAAAUUCAGGGCUGGUUUGGUUGGUUCACAUCAAGCUCUAUUUGAUUCAAGGAUAGAGAAGGUGGGAAUGUGGGAUACAAAAGUUGAUUCAAUAAUUCAUGAGGUGAAUGGCAAAAGUUAAUAAUUCUUAGUCAAAAUGCCUCACUUUUAUCUCAUUCCUAAACUCUAUUCAAUGGUGAUAGCAAAAGUCAACUUCCUUUUUCCUCAGCAACUUGGCAGGGGAGGAAUUUCAUGGGGCAGAUAGGUGUUUUCUCUCCUUGAUAUACAUAAUCUUAUGUUAGAUGUAUAACAUAAGUCACUUUUUGUGUUCUUUAGAAUUUGAUAAGUGU